ACAAAUACAGUCGUUUCCUCAAUUCUGCCUAGUGCGGUUUACUCUUCGGGGGUUGUUUUUCGAGUUGAUGCGCUUAAAGGAUUAGACGCAGAAGAAAAGGGAGAACUAAAUCGCUUUAUGGACUUUCGGGGGGAGAGGACGGAGUCCUUUAUGAAUUCUGAGCAACUACCACUUUUAUGCAACAUUGAUACUUCCUAAGAAUGCACAAUGAACAGAAGAAGGUUCAAGUAGCGCGAGUGUGAUACAGAAAGAAAGAAAGAAAGAGAAGAAACGCCGAGAGAAAGGGAUAAAAAGCAAAAUUGACGGGUCGACCAAUGCUCAGAACAAUAAUCCAUGUUUGUAUAUGUCUCCUACCAAUUAUCCUUCUUCGUGAAGCCAAAGUCGAGGAUGAAGGUCGCUAUUACUCACCUAUACAUUUCACCGAAGGAAUGGUCGAUUUGUGGACAAAAAGUUUACGCGGUUGUCAAUGCCCUUUUAACACCACGUCAAACGAUUGUGCGUGUUGUGAGAAAAAUGGGGGAUGUCACUGUGGAAGUGCUGUUCCAACUCGAUGCUCUCAGUGUGGUCUACAACAAUAUUGUGGAGGAAUGUGCAAUGUCACCAUUCAAAGUUCGGAUAUACAGAAGCGGUCUAGGAAGUCAUUCGGCCAAAUAAAGCCGAUACCAUUGGACGGCCCCGGGGUUUGUAUAUUCACAUUGAUCCCUACACCUCACCAGAGGGUUGAAAUACAACUCUACCGGUUCAGGAACAUCGGAUACUUCAAUGGAACCAGUUGUGUAGGGGGCUAUAUACAGUUAAUAGGUGGAAUUGAUAGCGUUAAUGAAACUGACGAAAAGAGAUUUGAUCAAUUUUGUGAUCGGGAUGAAAGGUUUCGACCUCCCCUGGUUUUGUUCGCUGAUGGAGGCCGAGCACAUCUUAUAUUUCGUAUUACAGAAAAAUUCAGAACUCCAUCGGACUUCUUCGCUUUCUUUAGUUUCACGUCAAUUAAUGAUAAAAGUGUUGGAUUUCAACCAAAAGGUGGAAUGAAAUUACAAACGUCAAAUUGCGACUGGUUAUAUGAAGACGCUAAUUGUAAGUCUGGUUGUACUUUAGCUAGUCCAAACUACCCUGGUCCUUACCCUUCCUUCGUUAACUGUACUUACACUAUAAGCACGUCAAGUGAAAAUGUUUGGAUCCGAGUGUCAUUUUAUAUUUCUACCCCCGAUAAACAAUGCCUCACAGAUAAUAUCUCCAUUUAUCAGGGAUUUUCCGAUAUACCGGUGGAGGUUCUUUGUGGAUACAAGAGACAAGUGUUCAACUUCUAUGGUCCAAAAAUUAGAGUAGAAUUUCGAUCAGGCAGAAAAAUACCUCCAUUCAAUUUUUAUAGAGGUUUUAAAGCAAAAUUAUCUUUUUAUGAGAAAGAUGCCUCGGUAACGUUGCCUAUAACCAGUCCGAGUGUUAGUCUAUAUAAACCCUCCACUUCUACGCUUCAAAGCACAAUGCCUUACACAACUUCACUACCUGAAGAUUUCUUACCAUGUGAAAUUUUGAUAUCUGGUAAUAAUACCAGAUCUGGUCACUUUGAUACACGCGAACUCGAUUGGCACUCUUUAUGCCGAUGGACUUUCAAAGGACAUCCUACUGAUGUUGUACAUAUCUCUCUGUUCAAUUAUCGUCUCAGAGCGCCUUCCUGUAAAUCUGUAAUAGAAGUUUUCAAUGGUUAUAUGGAAGAUUCGAAAAGGCCUAUGGAUAGGAUUUGUAGUCCAGAGACUAGUCAAAGUACUUCGCCAUCAACCAGUCAAAGAUCUUAUCUAUCUAAAGGAAACAUCAUGGUGAUCAUAAUGCGAAGACCUACAGCCCCCCAAUCCACCGACGAAGCUGAAUUCAUAAGUCUUCGAUAUUUCUUCCAUGAUGAACAAAUAAGCGGAACUAUGCAACCCGAAAGUUUAUGCGAUGUUGUUUAUUAUGGAUCAAAAAGUCCUUUGGCUGGAAUGAUGGAGAACCCAACGUCCAAAUAUUUUUUCGUAGUGGGAAGAUUGAUAUGCAAACAAGUGUUCAAACCGUCAGCGAAUCAAAGUGUCGAAUUAACCAUUUUAGGAAUGGAAAAUGUUUCUAAAAAAGCUCAGUGUAUGACAGAGUGCGGCGAUAUCACCGGCUGUCUAUGUGUUCCACAAAGUAGUUUAGAUGAAGUAGAUCACUUACUAAUAGUUGAUGAAAAUGGCCUUAAUGUUGGAUGUGUUUGUGGCCAGUUCGAGAAGGACUGGUUCCCUAUUAGUGUCUAUUCUUGGAAAACACUUACAAUUAUUUAUUCUAUCGCCGAUUAUAAAGGAAAAGAUAAAGGAUUUACUUUUUCUGCGUCAUAUUCAUUCAAUCAGGAUACCUCUUGCGGAGAAAAAUUUUACACGUUACAUUCAGGAGAAAUUACACCCAAAAACAUUUCUAAAUUGCACUUCAACCAAUACUUUUAUCUUAGUUGUGGAUGGAUUCUUCAUUCCAAUGUAGAUCGCCAGCUAGAUAUAGAAAUAAGUUCCAGUCACAAUCGGCCAUGCAGCUCAUGGAAUAUUAGUAUAUGCGAAUAUAAGGCUGACGCCAAGGAUUAUUGUGGUAAACUUCUAGACACCUAUUGUUCUAGAAAUUUGAGCGACAAAGUUUACAAUUUGCAAUGGAAAAUAAACGCGGUAGUUAUAAGGUUGCGCUCGUUUAGUAGAAAAAUGCCGGAAUUCCGGGUGAAGUGGAAAGCUCAAGUGAACCAUUGGAACAUAAAGUAUGGGUCCACAACCCCCACUCACAACUCGUCAACGAAACCCCAUUUCUGGUCAAUUACAGGCCUACUAUUUGUAGUGUUCUUAUAUUUUUAUUUGUAAAAAAAGAAAAAUUAAUAAUGUACACAAUAAAUAUCAACAGAUCUGAUGUUAAAUUCGUUGUUAACUGUUGUAUCGGUGGAAAAAAAUGUUGUCGACACUACAUUUGUAUGAUACCAAGGCUUAUGGUACAAUAGGCUGAAAUGAAAAUGAUACAUGUUCUUCUGUGCGAUCUAAAUAAGGGGCUGCCGAUAAACUAUAUACCUAUGGACCCCUCCCCAGAACAACACGGUUUUCUUAAUAUUUUCAAAAUAAAAUUUCCAUAGAAUUUUAUUUUAGAUAACAGCAAAUGUUGGACGUUGAUUAGAAGUUUCACUUCAUUUAACAAAAAAAAAACACUUAGGCAUCAACUCCCUCCCGCAUAUGGUUCACAAUAGCCUUUUACUCAACCCCCCUCCCUUACAAAGCUAUAUUUGUUUAUGGACACCCCCAAGUAAACUGUCAAGGUAUAACAGAUACAAAGGAAAAUGUGAUUUUUCUUUACUUGAUUUGAGAAAAUUAAAUGUUUUUUUUUGGUUUCAUUUGUAUAAAUGUAGUGUCAACAGGUGCACUCCAUUUGUUGUAUCUAACACACAAUCUUUAGGUUUUUCUAGGUACACCGGUGUUAAAAAAUCUAUAUGUAUUUUAUUUAAAGUACACCUUAGUUAUGGAUUGCAAAAUAUUUGACGAAUAUUUUUCCUGAGAUAUGCUCAAAGUUGUAAUCUUGCUAGUCCUGUAAAUCUAGCACCUAAUUGUCAAUGACGAUUGGUACU